GAAAUCGAUGGGACGAAUGCUAGUUUAGGACACUCAUUCGAGGAGCCACCCUUUGAGGGCGAGCACCGUCAGGAUUCGGAAGAGAAAAAAGCUGACGGUAAUGCUUCUGGUAAGAAGUCUUCAAGCUCGAGUGAAGUAGCUGUCUCAGAAGACGGCGCAGCUGCAGAUAGUACUGCAAACGAGGAGCCUGCGCCCAGUGCUGACGAUUCGUUGGAGGACAUUACAAAUGUUCCAUUGUUUGCGGUGGAGGACGAAGCCGAUCCGACAGAGCCGCACAUGACAAAAAAAAGUCGAGCAGAACUGAUAGAUCAACUUGUUGAUAUGCAGGUGAGCGAAGGCGAUAUUAGAGACGACGAAGAUAUUGGAAGUCUCGGCGUUGCUGAGAUUGCUGACGAAGUCGAGCCUUCCGCUGAAUCUCAUCAAUCUUCUAGUACAACGACUGUAGUUGACGUGGGCAGAGAACAAGGAGCAGAAUGCACAACCGAAUGUAAAAACAAGACAGAGCAGGCGCAAGACGCGAGUGAUGAGGGUGCAUUUUCGCCCUACAAACUUGCAGACGCGGAGGAUACUGGCACUAGAAUAGAAGAAACGAUUUUUCGUUCUCACCCAACGUCUUCAUCGUUCUGGUCUGCUGAUAGCGACAACAAGUGCAAUGCGACUAAGCCUCCGGUUGUCGCGCUUGUCGGACAAGAGGAAGACGCGAAGCAUGAUCUUGAAUUGGAACUUGAACUUCCUAAUAAGAGCGACAACAGCCUCGAAAAGAGAAGCAAAUCGGAGAAGCAAGCUCUCGAGCCUAUUGCUGACGAGCUUGCGCGUAUGGAUAAUCCAGUACCGGAACCGGAACCGAUUCCAGCAGAGGAGAAUGCUGGAGUAGAUAAAGAGGACCAAGAUCUUCAUAUUGAAAAUAAUGUACAACAUAAUGAUGACGUUGUCGAGGAAAACGAAAACUAUCAAGCUCCCGAUGUUGAUCUUGAUGGUGGAGGACAAGAUGGUUGUGAGGUUGACCACGACGUUGUUGAAAAAGGUGCUGUUGCUUGUGUCGAGACCAUGGAAUUAGAGGCGAACAACGGCGACGAGGGGAGCUGCGAAGGUCGUGCUGUUAAGCCCGUUGCUGCGCAUGACCAAACUCUUGCUGAUUUAGGACUUGCUAACGAUGAUUCUCCGAUUGAUGGUCGUGCUGGUGCUAAAACGACAAAUGAUGUCAAUCCUAGGGAACGAGGAGCUGUUUCUACUCCAGCAGGUGGGGUCCAAACAUCAGCCUCGAAAAUGUCGACAGCAAGCAAAAAACGUGGCAGCACAACCAAAGUUCGUGCUUCGGCGUCCCAUUGGAGCGAUGUGGUCGGUGCGGAUGCACACGCGAAGCGUGUGCGAGCUGCCUCGAGAUCACCGCGUCUCUCCACCACUUUUGACACCUCACCACGUGUUGGUCGCUCUUCGAAUACUAGCAGGCCGGCCACCGUAGCACGAGUCGGCGGCCCGCCACACCAGCAGGUUGAUGGCGCUGAGGAUGCCACGUCGACGACGUUGCCGGAAAACGAAAAUGCAACUAGGUCGGUAACAAGGAAUAGCGAGCGGGAAACAUGGCGGCUAGGAUAUGGUUCAGUAUCUUCUACGACCACUGCCAGAAGCGCAACAAAGCCGCGUGCCAGAAAAAGUGGUGAAGCAGUUCCAUCUAGCACAGCGCGGACUUCGACAUCAUCUAGCUUGACCCCUGUGUCUACGCGAGGAUCCGGACCAUCUGGUAAGGCAAGAACGAGUCGCAACGACAUCAACUUUGGAGGAGCGAAAAAUAACCACAACAAGUCUCUACGUGAGCCGUUGCCUACCACGCCAUCGUCACGCGCUUCAGCACCCUCGACGUCGCCUCGACUGUGGCAGAAGUCGCCACGCAGCAGCGCACCUGCCGCAUCGCCGCUGCAUCACAUCAAGGAAAAGCGCGGCCUACAGCGCUCCCAGAAGCGCCUCGGCGGGCUCCUUGACAACUACAAACCACUAUUAGGAAACAAGCGCGCGGGAUCACAGCAGGGAACUCCACAACGCUCACUAGUCAGCUCAGAGGAUGCUUCAAUGACAAUGCCAGACACCAAAAAGGACACCCACCGCACAAAAAACGCUGGUGAUAACGACAAACAGAAAGAUGGCGCCAAUGGAAAGAUGGCCCCUACGAUACCUGUUGUGCCUUCAAUUUCCGAGAAAAUAGUACAAGCACCACUGUCGCCUAUCGUGGAGCACAACAGUGCCCGCGAAAGGAGAGAUAGCAAUGAGACCACUGGAAAAGACCAACGAGGCAGCAAGGUUGGAAGUUGUUCGCGUAGCGUAUCUCGCUCGCCUUCGCCCUCGGCGGGAACUAGAAAUACACCUGUUACUAAGACGUCGCCUAGCGGUGGUGCACUCCAGUGGUCUACUCCUACUCAACGUGCUGGGCGAGCGGUUGACUUGUCUCCGAGGACGGACGCCAUGGAAGAUCCAAAUGCUUCGUCAUCCGCAGUAUCUGUCGCACGGCGAUCAAGAGCUUCUGAAUCUGUGUCGACUGGUCCGGGUAGAAGACAACAGCUGAGGAACCCAUCUAGGAUGUCACAAACGAAAAGCGCUAGUGCAGUCUCACCUUCAUUCGCGAGUUGUCAACAGGGGAACGUCGCUACCUCAUCUUCAUCUGUUGAGCAUGGAGAUCGUCAGGAGGUUACCAACGGCGAAGCAGCAGAGGUAGAUGCAACAAGUAGCACUACCUCAAUGAUGCGGGAGCAAUUUGGCUUAGAAGAUUCUUCUGUCAUGAAAAGCGCGAAGCGGGAAACGGAACAGGAAGGAGGUGCGCCAGCAGCGAUCCCUUCGUCUUCAAUGGGGACUGCAGGGCCACGCACUGGUCCCCCGACUGGUAGUAGAACAUCGCAACAAGGAGCUGCAGGAGUCAAGGCCAGGAGCAGAGUAAGCUCGCCCGGCAAGCUCAAAAACCAAACUUCGUCUUCUAGUAGCGCCACAUCUUCAGCGAAAGCGGGAAAGGCGAGCAGCCAGUCUCUCCAACGACCCGGACAGCUCCAAAACCAGUUACCACGUACACAUGCGCAACCAGUCGAGCCGGGAACUGACGAAGAGGCUCAUUUGGUCCUGCAGAGUGCUACUGUCGCAUCUCCGUCUUGUACUACCAAGCGCAAGCUUCCGUUUUGCGAUAACGAAAAUCGCGUCCGGCAGACCAACGCGUGCUGGACGGGGGAACGGCUAACAGACGACGCUGCAAGACUCAAUGAGGGCAAUCGCUGUUACCUGAAAGCGUCAAGCUCAAUCGACGACUCCUCUAACAAUGAGGAAAGUCAUGAAGUCUCAAAUAAAGACGCAACUACUUCUGAUCGAAAGCAAGUAGGCAGACGUCGUCAAAAUGAGCAGAGUAGCGUCCAAGUUCCUGAGUCGACAUUUGGAACAUUAUUGGGUGACCGCGAACAACACUCCGUAGAGGAGAUGUAUGGAGGAGCAUUGAUGGCUGCUAGGGGCGGCGCUGACGGUUCUGGUGUCGUAGCUCCUACAUCCACAACUAGCUGCUCAACAUCAAUUUCUAUGAUCGGGUCGACAAGAAUCAAGAACCUUCUUGGUGAGAAUAGAGGGGCGACCCACUUUUACAUCGGGAGUGGGACUGCGUCUCCAGACUGCAUUACUUCCGGUGCGGAGUUGACUGGUCAGAGCGACGCGACCGCGAAAAGUGGUUCGUCAUCUUCAUCUUACGUUGUUGGCGCGAACCUACUGACUACGCCUUCGAUGUUAAUGGGCGGACCGGUGACAUCUUCUACAACUACGCCGGCACUCGCGUGGACGAGACCAGGUUCCACUGCAUCGACAAUUCUGGGUAACAAUAACACUACUCCCACACGAGGGCAGCACGGCUUAGCCGCUCCAGCAUCUGGCUCCUGGUUUGCAAACACAGGCUCAACCGAUCGCGGGAAACCUCCAGCAACUUCUCAGCAAAGUUCGUCCCAGCAGCGUCUGUCGCUGUCUAAGCCACGCCCGAAUUUGGUCACAUCUUCUGCUUUUCGAGGAGGAGCUGGAGUCUCCUCGAAUGCUAAACACAUUCUUGGUGCACCCAAUGGCUUCACUUCGCGUCUCGGCGUUGCGCCGCAGCGCAGUCGCUCUGUUUCGCCGCAGAACGCGCGAGCGUCGACGAUUCUUUCAAGCCCGAAGCGCAUUGCUAGCGCCUCAGCAGCAGAAACUACCGUCGGUGCGAACACAACAACACAAACGGCAGCUGCAGUAAAGCACCAGAAAGCAGACGAAAGCGCCAAUCCAAUGACCGCAAAAACUACUUCAUCUGCCGCGGUUGUGUCACCUUCCACAUCCGCCACGACCUCUGUUGUACUGAACAAGAUGAACAUGAAGCUUCAACAAAAUCAAAAAUCAUUAGCCACUACAAGUACAAACUCACAGUCACAGCUAGCAGCCUCUGCAACGUCCACCUUGCCUGUCUGCGGUACAGUUUCUGGUGGUCCAAUCGGCGCUUCCCCUCACGGUACGGCGGUCACAUGUACUCGAUCACCAACUAUACCAUUGUUGAAUCUGGCACCAGUUGGAGAACUUGGUAGCGCAGGUGGACCAAGCUUUCGUGUGAAUCCGGUCUCAGCGCAGAAAAUGGCCGGCCAAACACCUCCGGGUGCUGGUCCCAAAGAAUGCGUUCUCGCUGGUGGCAAGUUGCACUUUAGAUCUAUCGCUAGUAUCGCUGCUCCUGUCGUCGAGGAGGUGCUGCUGGCGUCGAAGCAACCCGCAGGGAUAGGUGGAAGUGUAGAAGAGGAUCUGAUGACGAGUCCAACGCUUCGCAGUCCUUCGCGUGUUGGCUCACUGUCGCACAGCAGUGCGCGCACGCCUGAGGAUGACGAGGACAGCGUUGCGACAAAGAGACCAAUCGGCACGACCUCCACAAAGAACAACGUCUUGACGUCCAGCGCUCGCGAUCCCACUGUGCUGAUCACCGCGCGCACCGCUUCACCCUCAAUCGGAUGUGGAUCUCGCUCCCCGAGUGUCCACCUUCCGUCGGCCGCUGACGUCCUCGAGAGUACCGAUGCUCUCCUAAAGGGAGGCUCAACACGAAAAUCUUCGUCGCCGGCCGUCAUGCUGAACAACAUUGUCAUGGUUCCAAGCGUCGUAAGCCGUAGUGGGUCAGCAGCACGUGGUGAAGAUGAGCAUCAAUCUUCGCAAAUGAUUGACUGCACCGAAGUUGGAGAGGAUAAGGAUGAUCACAGUCACAGUUCUCCCAAGACUAAAAGUUCGCCGAAAGCAGGCUCUGUUGCGAACAGUGCUGACGAUCAUACGACAACGCUGUCACUCUUGAAGGACAAAGGAGCGUCUUCGGAUGUCACCGAGGUGAAGCCAUAUGUUUUGCUUAGCAAAAGGAAGAGCCUGUCGGGCUGCAUUGCGAAGCCAAACCGGAGUAGCUCACCUCCUCUUGCACCGAGUGCCGCAGUUAAUGCAAAUGCUGGCAAGAAUGCCAUCGGAGAACCAGAACAUGAUGCUUUUACGCCCAUUGGUCCAACGCCUAAUGCGCGGUCCUUGAGCGUUGGCGUCGCAGGGGUAGCUCAGCGGGUGUUGCAUGCAAAAUCAUGGGCCGCGAAGCAUCAAGGCGCACAGGCUGAUCACCGCGGGCAGCUCUCUCCUCGAGGCGACUCCGGGGAUGGUUCAAAGGCGGCUAUAGAACAGACUGCGGUCGGCAGAAAAUCCGCAUCGCGACGUGGCAGUGUCAGAGCAGGUAGCUCUCCCUCUCCGAAACGCCUCAGCGUCACCGAUAGCCUUUUCGACGAUGGCGUCUCGGAGGAAGUGCAUGCUCAAGGUGCCGCCGCGGCUGCUGAGGCUGCGCGACUCAAGGAAGAAGAGGAACAACAGAAGAAGGCCCAAGAACAAAAAGAAAAGCAGCAGUCUCGCCUUAGUGGAGGAACUGCAGCAACUCUCAUUUCUGCAACCACAGGUGGUGGUGGAGCGUCCCCAUACCACUACAUUACUAAACAGGGACCUGUGCCGGCGCGUCCGCGAGGAAGCGUAUCACCCGGUGGAGCCGGGAGUCCCGGUCGAGGCUUUGCGAUGAGUCCAAAUGUAAGCCGAAGUUCUGGCACCGAGGAGCUGCGAAACCUGAUGAAAGGACGCAGGAGGCGAUCCGGGUUAUCUCCCACGAGGACGUCUACGACAGGGGGCACAUCACCGACACCCGCGACAGCUUCUCUGACGCGACUUAUAGCGCAACAACAACAAUCGGAAAGUCAAAGUAACACUGCAGCCGCGCUGCUCCCUCAAGGGAAGCCAUCGGAUCCAGAAAUAGUGGCCCAAGGAGAUGAAAAGCAGCAGGACGGCGCCGAACAAAAAGAAGGACAAUCAGGCUCUCGAGCUGUUGUUGGCUCUUCAGAUAAAUCAGCUGAUCUAGGACAGCUUCAAGAACAAGCUAGCGAAGACACAGGUGCUGUGAAGUCUAGCUAUUUCUUGAAUUGCGUUUCUCUAGCCUCCAGCAGGCCGAAUCUUCUGAUGGCUAUGCCUACUUCUCUGGCACAUUCCGCUCAGAGUCAAACUUCUCACUUGAUGGGCCCUGCUGCGGCUGGCAAAGUCAUAGCAAAGCCGUCUUUGUCCUCGAAUACAGCUUCACGUCCGGUAUCCGCAUUUCUUGGAACGCGUCGUGGUACCGCCUCUGGUUCUGUGCCAUCGCAUCGGUCGCCCUUCGCGUCGCGUCUUAGUCUGGGAAGUUCGACUUCGAUGCCGCCAUUUGCAUUGAAUCCACAGGAGAUGCCUUCAAAAGCGAAAACAGGAAAUAGCGUUGCACUACUAGUAGGUUCAGCAACAAACGGAAAAGCGAAGACCAAGAGUCCUCUGACAACGAGAACCAGUUCGCCACUUCCUGGUGCGGAAAAAGGAGGUCUUCUCAAUGGUGUUGGAAUGCCGAUAAUGCGACGCGUGUCUCUCGGAGGACCAACACCGCGGGGCUUGCAGCAAAUUGCUGGAUCGACGCAGAUUUUGACAAAUACAGCUGGAUGUAAAGCGAAGAUGUUCUACAAACGUAGUUCUGCCUUAACAACGGUAGCAGGUGCCGGGGUUUUCGUUGGCAGCGAGGCAGAGAGCGCGCCUGUAGAUGGAAGUACUAAAGGCGAGAACGAUGCUGCCGAUGACGGGACCGAGAGCAUUCCAGAUGAAGAGCAGGCUGAGAACACGAGAGAGGAACAUCACACUGCGAAGCAAGUAGUUGUAGGACCGCGUCAAGUCGAGGGCAGCGACGAGGAGAAGACGACAAGCGCUGGAAAUCUGGAUCAGCGAGACGACAUCGGAGGGCAAAGUCGCGUGGAGACUGACAGCGGCGCUCCUCGCGGCGUCGAUCUCGCUUCUAUGACACCCGGCAGCUUCUUUGGACAAUACAGUCGCGAGCUGCGCAGCAUGAACAUCGAAUUCAAAACAAAAAUCGAAGACUUGAAAAGCGGAACUGCUCGUGCUAGCACUACGUUCGGAGAGCAAGAAGUUGCAAAAACUGAAACGACCAAUAACUCCAGCUCCACCAUCAAUCCUAGUUUGAUUUCGACGAAUAUCCAGACAAUGACCAGCACCUGUGGACUUGGAACGAAUGGCAUUCGCGGCCCGCCAUCUUCACUUUUGAAGUCCCAAACCGGCCUUCCACUGCGGAAAAGAGAGCGCGUCUCGAGCCAACUUCCGGCUGUCGUGGAGGGUGAAGAUGAAACGGAAACUGCUAUUGUAGGACAAGAAGCAGUUGCGCGUCCGCGCUCAAGCAGCCAACCAAGACUUGAGUCGUCUACGACACCAACAGGUCCCCUUCCACAACAGGAGACUGCACAACAAAGCACUCAUCUCCUGUCUCGAAACGGAAGUAGGAUUUUUUCAGCGGGUAUUUCACCGUCUCGCAGGAUGUCGAGUGCAGCGGCGAAUCCGCUCACUCCGGAAGCCGCAGGAUAUCUCUGGAACAUGUGGCAAAACGGUAAUGAUCAUCUACAUCUUUUUACCGGCUAGGAAGCGGGUCUGCUUCUGAUGUUUUCCAUCAGAAAAUUUGCAGCAGUAGGAAGGAACCUGAACACGACUUUUACUCGUUAGAUGUUCUCACUCUUUAGCUUGCUUGUUUCAAGAUCAUCCGCGAAUCAAAUAUCGUCUCAGGUGUACCGCUGACUUUACAGCAGCAAGAGCAGCUGAAAGAGUUUCUCGAGCAACGUCAAGGUGCAGCGGACAAGGAAAAAGAGCUUAUUUCUGACCUUGGUCUUGAUGAUGCAGAUGAAAAAGGGUCCGAUGACGAUGAAGAUGGGCUCAAUAAGAAUGCUAGCGGGUGCGGUAACAGGUCUUCACAAGCCAGUGCUGGAGGUUUCGUGCCAGAUUUGUCAGACGCUAUCGAUCGUGUGAUCCACGCAUAUCUUGAGCGUGUCCAGCAAAAGGGCGAGGCGCAGUUCUUCGUGCGCAAAGUCGAUAAGGGGCUGUACCGCUUUGGAGUGAGGGAAAAUGAACUGGACCCCAUUGUCCAAGUGAGAAAUCGCGGAAAGAAUACUCUUGUUCGCGUCGGCGGGGGUUGGGAGCCGCUGCAUCACUUCAUCAGCAAAAAGCUUGGGGUGGAUUUGCGAUGAGACUAGGAACGCUUCAUCUGCAUCCAGUACCAGUUGAAUCAUACAAUGAUGUUUUUCCAAGAAGGAAAGCUGCACGACUUUUUGAUGCAACAUGCUAGAAAAGUUCAUAAUUAAAGUGUAGAAAAUUUGAAACUGGUUCAAUAAUCAAGUAAAAACAUUUUUUUCUCGAUGUUGGAUGUAGAAAAAAUAGAUUGAUAAGAAUAGACCAGCAGCAUUCAAUUCUCAUAUAACAUUCUGUAGCACGCAUGCAAAAUCUUGUUCUUCAAAAAUGUUACAUCUCAUAACAUAAAAAUGUUCUAAAGAUUGAAUACCGCGUGCUUGCACUUUCAGAUAGAACUUUUGAAGACAGACAACAUCUUCAUUCUUUUCCAUCGUUCUUCGUUAGAACUCUUGUUCGUCUUCCACCGCAAAACAAGAAUUUAUUAAGAUAGUUGUACUAGAUCAUCAUCUUCAUCACGAUAAGAUAGAUAAGAAACACGCUUCGUCGCACCUGUACACGCAGUAACGCAGUGAGAAAGUCAUACAUAAGAACAAUUCUCUUACUUACAACUAAUCACAGAAAGUGGUAGCUUUGACGGCACUGCCAUAUGAUCAGCAUCAAUAAUCUAGAAAUGAACACCAAGUCCCUCCUGUAUAAAAGUGCGGUACGUUGAAGAAGAGCUAUUUCUGUUUACGACUUAUAGUUUGGACGAAUCAAUUACAACUUCGAUAACACUUACAAAUGUAAAAGAAAUAAUCGUGAAAUAUCAUUUUCCGUCGUCUACAUACUGAAUAUGAGAAGCAUAGCUGCUCGUGCACGAUGGAAAUACAUAUGAUGAAGAUGAGGGGGUCUUUGUAUAGAAUGUUUUGUCGGAUAUAGAAGAGCUACAUGAUGAAGAAUGACUGUAACAAAAUUUACGUACUUACCACAAGACGAAAUACGGGAUUCCGUUACCAGACGUAGAUGUCGUGAAGCUCACUCACUCAUCAAAAUCAAGAGCCUGAGAAUUGAUGUACACGCGUGCUCUUCGUCCUUCAACAAUAUAGACUUUUCGGGGAAGAUUAUAUCUGCGCCUUCGUUGAGACCGAAUCUGUACUUAGUUUUGUGAUGAC